AUGAGGCGUUUCCCGCUGAGGGCCGCCGAGUCCCCUCAGGGAGCGGGGAGAGGGGCGCGCGGGACGCCAGGGGGCGCCGCGCGCCGCGCGCGGCCAAUCAGCGGCGGCGCCGCGGCGGCGGGGGCGGGGCCCGCGGGAGCGGGAAGAUGGCGGCGGGCAGCGGCGGCGGCGGCACCGGGCCCGGCGGAGGCCCCGGGGCCCGCAGGGGCAGCGCGGGCCGGGACCGCGGAGGCCGAGGUUUGGUGCCGGCGGGUGCGGGAGCUGGUGAGCGCGGUUCCCGCCAACCGGCUCUGCUUCGAGUGCGGCCAGCGCGGCGUCACCUACGUGGACAUCAGCGUGGGCAGCCUCGUGUGCACCGGCUGCUCGGGGGCGCUGCGGGGGCUGAACCCCCCCCACCGCGUCAAGUCCAUCUCCAUGACGACGUUCAGCGAGGCCGAGGUGCUGUUCCUGCAGGCGCGCGGCAAUGAGGCCUGCAGGAGGGUCUGGCUCGGCACCUUGGACCCCCGCGCGUCGCUGCUGCCCGACUGCCGCGACGCCCAGAGGCUGAAGGAGUUCCUGCGGGAGAAAUACGAGAGGAAGCGAUGGUACGUGGCACCAGAGCCGGCCAAAGAGCAGGUGAAGCCCCCCCCAGAGCGCCGCAGCAGAGCCGGGGCCCCCCCAGCCCCCUCCACGGGGACACCGGGGCGCUGGCACAGGUGGGAGCGGGCCCCCUUGCAGGGGUGCCCGGGGGUCUGGCACCCCCUGACCCUGCCGCGUGCCCCCCCCAGGGCCACGCCCAGCCCGGCAAGGCCAGCGCCGACCUGCUGGCUGACAUCGGGGGGGACCCCUUCGCACUUUGGACGCCUUCGGCAGCAGCGCUGGAGCACCCCCGUUUGGGGGGGGCUGUGCCCCCCCACCACCACAGGAGGCGUGGCUGCACAGGGCGUGGCCACGCCCACAGGGGGAGGAGCUUCUGCCAGGUACUGCCCCUCCCCCCACACCUUUCCAGCCCUGCAGGACCCUCCCCUCCCCCCUCACGGCUGCCCCUCCCCCUGCAGCCUCUUCGGGACCCUCCGUGACCCCCCAGCGCUGCCCCACGGGGGAUACACCAACCCCUUCACGGCCCCCGUGGCCCCCAGACCCUCCACCAACCCCUUCGAGAGCAGCGGCCCCGGUGUUGCCUUCACCUCGCCCCCCAUUCCUGGGGGCUUCCCCAGCCCCUUCCAGGCCGAUGGCUGGCCUUUCGGCGGCUUCGGCGUUGCCAAAGCUUCCACCAACCCCUUCGUGACGGUCCCGGCCCCGACGGCGCCGUUGGGCAUCAGGCACCGGGCCACCAACCCGUUCCUAUGACCGCCGCUGCUCCGGGGGACCCGGCAGCGCCCGCCCCUCCGCCGGACCAGGUUUUGGGUUUGUUCCGGGAGAUUUAUCGCGGUGUUUAAUACGUGACCGGUAGAAACGGCGCUGUCCCGCUGAAAGCUCCCCGGGCCCUCACGGGGUGGGCUCCC